AAAUUUGACUAGGGAUUAUUAUUUGCCCAAAUAGGGAUAUUAUUUCGUCAAAGUUGUAGUUGGUAGCUCUGCAUAUACAGGAAAUCAACGUUAGUAGGGGAGUAGCUGCUUCUUUAUAAAAUCGUGGUGCCGAGAGGACGCAAUGGGUCGUUAUUCCCACGAACCGGUCAAUCAGACCAAGUCGUGCAAAGCACGCGGUUCCAAUCUUCGCGUGCAUUUUAAGAACACUCAUGAAACGGCACGUGCUAUCAAGAAAAUGACCCUGCGCAGGGCACAGAAGUACCUGAAGAAUGUUACGGACCACAAGGAGUGUGUCCCCUUCCGUAGGUUCAACGGUGGUGUCGGCAGGUGUGCUCAAGCUAAACAGUUUGGCACUACGCAAGGUCGCUGGCCGAAAAAGUCAGCAGAAUUUCUGUUACAACUUUUGAAGAAUGCGGAGAGUAACGCGGAUUAUAAGGGGCUUGAUGUAGAUCGUCUGGUAAUUGAACAUAUUCAAGUGAAUCAUGCGCCUUGCCUUCGCAGAAGAACGUACAGAGCUCACGGUCGUAUAAAUCCUUACAUGAGCUCGCCUUGUCAUAUUGAGGUGAUAUUAACGGAGAAGGAAGAUGUUGUUGCGAAAGCUACCGAGGAGGAGCCAUCGAAAAAGAAGCUCAGCAAGAAAAAGCUUGCUAGGCAAAAGGAGAAAAUGAUGCGAGAGUAAUUUCGUACUUUAUAUUGGUUAAGUAUUUCAUGAAAAAUAAAGAAAUUACUCUAGUU